GGUGGCGGGGUCCUUGGGCUCCAUGGGAUCGCUGUCGGCUGGUCUGUCCAGCUCCUCACCGUCGUCGUCGUCCCCACCAGGAGCCUCGAUGCUUGAUUCCUCGGACGUUGAUGCCCUGGCCCUGGCAAUGGCCCAACUGCAAGGAUCAUGUGGGGGGAUGCAACCUCAGCAGCAGCAGCCUGGUGGAAACUCGAAACCUCGAAAGAAUGGACAGAGAAAAUCCGGCAUGUUUUGUGCCUUUUGUAGAGGCAAUGGUGAGCUCGCAAGGACCUACCUGAGCCACGCAUUACACACGGAACUGCCAGAUGGCACAGUUGUCGUGACUUGUGAAGUCCUCCGAAGUCUCAAGUGUGAGUUGUGCGGUGCGAGUGGUGACGUAGCGCAUACUCGCUCACACUGUCCAUUCAAUCACGGACCAUCUGUGGCCGUAUUAUUAAAGAAUACGCCCAGGAGAUGUGAUGGAACAUUGAGAAAAAAAAACAGGAAGUGAUUGUGAAUGUGUGAGUUUCAUGUUAGAGAAACUUGCGAAUGCAUGUUCUGUGUUACAAUGACAUUCUAUGUGCUGUGCCCUCUAUGCUGAAAGCUUAUUACAAAAAUCAUGGUUUAUUGAGUCAAAAAUUAUGUUAUUAUGACUUAUUUUGUUUGCAUUUUGUUCAAUAAGAAUAAGGGCCAUAUUGAGACAAACUUACGAAUGCAUAAAAGUAUGAAUGCCUUAUGAAUAAACUUUUGUUCUGAACUUUCUUUUCCUAUGAAUUCAAAUUACCUGCAUUCACACAAGCACCACUACUCAGAAAUGGCCAAGGGCAGUUAGUACCAAGCAACCAACUACAUAUGGCACACUUAAACACUAACCUGAACAGAAAGAAUUAAAAUUUAAGUAUCUGUUAUUGACCUCAGCCAAGUAAAAUAAUCUCAAUCUCUGGGUUAAAUACUUUUAAACUAGGAAAAUAGUUACAGUACUUCUCCUGAAGAGAGUAUGGUCAUGGCCAACCAAGCUGAUUUUGAGAUGUCUGUGUGGUUCGAGAUGUCUGUGUGGAAACUAAAAACUGGCCACAGCUUGGAUAACAGCUGUUCAAAUCAAAUACCCUGGGUAACUUGCUUUAGAGAGUACCAUCAGAGUUGAUGGUCCUGGUGAAGGGCGACACCCCACAAGAGGGUGGAUGGGCUGGGGCGGUU